UCCAGAAAAACAAAAAGAGAGACCGAAUCUUUCGUUUAAAGAGAGACACAAAAACAAAAAUAAUAUUUUUAUUUUCUUCUUUCUUAAACCAAAAAAAUCUUAAAAUCCCUAAAAACAAAAUUCUUUUUCUUCUCUGUGAGUGAUUGCAAGUUCCCGUUUCGCAAAAGCUUCAAACUUUCCAUUUUAAUUGCACAAAUCCGUUAAAAAGCUUUUCUUUUUUUCUCGGGAAAAUAAAAACCAAACCUUUUUUUUCCCGAGAAAAACCCUUCAAGAACGUUGCUUUCAAGGAAGGAGGCGGAGAAGAAGAAGAAUGUGAAGAAGUGAUGUCUUAUAGAGGGAAGAAGGAGAACAGUCCAGUUUCACCAUUGAAGAAGCGACGAGCGAGCUGGUCUGAACUUUGGGUUAACCAUCACCAUUUAUUGACUUCUUCUCCGCUUGAUUUCGCCGCAAAGUUUCAGUCUUUGACCCCUCCAACUCCAAUCUCCAAAUCCAAAACCCUACUCCCUCCUGAUUUCACGCUUCUCUUACCUGACCUCAUUCUCAUCAGAAUCAUUGAAAAAAUCCCUAAAUCUCACCGGAAAAAUCUCUCCUUGGUUUGCAAGAGAUGGUUUAAACUCCAUGGUCGUCUUGUAAGAUCUCUUAGGUUAUCUGAUUGGGGGUUUCUAGCGUCUGGUCGGCUGAUCUCGAGGUUUCCCAAUCUGGAUACUGUUGAUUUGGUCAGUGGGUGUUUGAUUUCGCCGCCAAAUUCAGGUAUUUUAGUUAACCACAGGAUAGUUUCGUUUACUGUUGAUGUAGGGUCUUAUCAGAGUUGGAGUUUCUUCGAGGAGAAUCUGUUGUCUGUUGAGGUAGUUGAUAGAGGGCUCAAAGCCCUUGCUGGUGGCUGCUCUAAUCUCAGGAAACUAGUUGUGACCAAUACUAGUGAACUAGGGUUGUUGAAUGUAGCUGAAGAGUGUUCCAUGUUGCAAGAACUCGAAUUGCACAAGUGUUCUGAUAGUUGUUCUGAUAGUGUUUUGCUCGGCAUUGGUGCGUUUGAGAAUCUGCAGAUCUUGAGAUUGGUUGUGAAUGUUGAUGGUUUGUAUCACUCUUUGGUUUCGGAUAUCGGUUUGAUGAUUUUGGCUCAAGGUUGCAAGAGACUGGUGAAGCUUGAGCUUGUUGGAUGUGAGGGAGGGUUUGAUGGGAUUAAAGAAAUAGGUGAAUGUUGUCAAAUGCUUGAGGAACUCACUGUUUGUGAUCACAAGAUGGAGUCGGGUUGGCUUGGAGGGCUUCGUUAUUGUGAGAAUCUCAAGACGCUGAGACUCGUGUCUUGUAAAAAGAUUGAUAAUGAUCCAGAUGAGGAGUUGAGUUGUUGUUGUCCUGCUCUCGAGCGUUUGCAGUUGGAGAAGUGUCAGUUAAGAGAUAAGAAUACCGUAAAGGCUCUGUUUAAGAUAUGUGAAGCGGCGAGAGAGAUUGUUUUCCAAGAUUGUUGGGGAUUGGAUGAUGAUAUCUUCAGCUUGGCUACGGCUUUCGGGAGAGUGAAGCUACUGUAUCUGGAAGGAUGCUCAUUGUUAACAACAUCAGGUCUAGAAUCAGUGAUUCUACAUUGGCACGAGUUAGAACAUCUGAAAGUGGUUUCGUGCAAGAACAUAAAAGAUUCAGAAGUCUCUCCGUCGCUGUCAGCUCUGUUCUCAGCUUUAGUGGAAUUGCAGUGGAGACCAGACACCAGAUCGCAUCUCUCUUCAAGCCUUACAGAGACCGGAAUUGGUGGUAAAGGUGGGAAAUUUUUCAAGAAAACAUGAAAGUUUACUACUGCCUAACUCUCUUUAAUGUUUUUUUUGAAAGUUUCUUAGGUUCCCUUUCUUUGUUACUUCUCGUUGAACAAUUUGUAGCAAUUACUGUAAAUUCUACUUUUUAAAAAUCCAUUCUAUGUUUGUAAUCAGAGAUUCAUAGCUACAGGUUCACAACUUUACCUUA